UUACGCAUUUUAACGUGCAAUAGAUACAAUAUUGUGUGCAUACAUGAUAAUAGCUCUUCAUUUACAUAAAUAAUAAGUGACGAUAAGCAGGCGACCUCGAUAUGCGGAUCAUUGGCAAUACCAUGAAAAGAUACACGUCUAUUACGAAACUAUAUCUGGCGUGGCUCAUAAACAGCGUAAACAGCGACGCGAGAAAUCUCGACUUGAAAUUCCGGUUUUCUGACGAUUCAGACGGCAGUUAGCGUUCGAUAGUCACAGAUCGGACUGAAAAGAUCACGCGAUUAUUACAAAAGACGUGAGUUAGUUAAAAAAAAGUUACUUCAAACUAAAGUGUAAAACGCAUUAUUCCGUCCCGGUAAAUAAUAUAUAAUCUUUCCUUGUUAUCUUUGCGAUAACGUCACUUUGCUUAUCGUCAGCGUUCGUCACAGCGUUUUACAAGUGUGUUAAAGUUUCGAAACCUAAUAGCUGAAAGAAAUCUACGCGAUGUGACAGUGUAAUUGCAUUAACUCACGCUCAAAGAGAAAAUUGUGGCUGAAAUCAGCGUCCAUCAGGAAUUCUUGAGAUGAUAAGCAGAAUCACCUUCUGUGAUAAACCGCGUAGCAAGUCGCGGUAACAAAAGUUACAGAAAUUAACUUAUGUAUUUUGGUGUUGGUUUUAUCGUCGCUCGAUCUCGACGCCUUUCAGUUGGAGCUGUCAGUGUCGGAGCCGCUUAGGUUACGAAGCAAAUACAUAGCUAAUUUGCCGCACACCAUAUAAUCUCGUGGCGAACGUGAUUAAAAAUCUCAUUGAUAUCGUAUUCCGACUUGUUUCGUCAUGUCUAAGCGACUGUCGAAGACUCUGCUAACUAAAGAAACCAAAGAUUAUUUCUUAAGCACACACUUCUGGGGCCCGGUAUUCAACUGGAUGAUACCUAUAGCGGCCAUAUCCGACACGCGAAAGCAUCCGAAAAUCAUUAGCGGCAAAAUGACUUUAGCCUUGACCCUGUAUUCCUUGGUAUUCAUGCGGUUUGCUUGGAAAGUACAACCGCGAAAUUUGUUGCUCUUCGCAUGCCACAUCACAAACGCCGGGGCCCAGCUCACGCAAGGCUACAGAUUUCUCGAUUAUCACUACGGCCAGCAGAAAGAACCCGAAUCGACCCAGUGAUGUGACGAGUCAGUAGCCACGCGAAUGAUGCAACGAUACGUUUACUUACAAACAUGUAAUAUGCAAAACACUAAUAAAAUGUAUUUCCUUGUA